AUGUCAGAUCUUGCUGAAACAUUUCAAAAUGAUAUUUCACAAAUAUUUAAUGAACGUGGUCUACUUCGAACUGAAUUAAUUGCUAAAGAAAAAUUACUUACUGAUGCUAUAUUACAAAAAAAUGCACUUAAUCAAAGUUUAAAACAACUUCGUAAUGAAAGAGAUGAAUUAUUUGUUAAUAAUCAAAAAUUAAGACAAGAAAAACUUGCUGCUGAAGCAGAAAAAAGUGCAAGUACAAUACAUGUAACUAUACUUAAAGAAGAAAAAAAUUUAUUAGAAAAAAAAUUAUAUCAAUUAACACAACAUUAUGAAGAAUCACGUUUACAAAUCGAUGAAUUAAAUCGACAAAAUUUAAUAUUUCAAAAUCAAAAACAAAAUCAAUAUAUAAUACCUAUUCAACAAACUAAUGAUCAUCAUCAUGAAAUUGAUGAUUUGAAAAAACGUAUUAUAGAACUUGAAGAAUCACGAGAAAAUCUAAUAGAAAGACAUAAACAUGAAUUACAAUUAUCAAAAAAUGAAUCAAAUAAAAAAGAUGAAGAAAUAAAUAGUCUUCAACAACUUAUUUCUCAAUAUGAACGAAAAAUUGAAAUUAAUGAUAAAAAUAAAAAAGAACUUGAACAAAGAAUUCAAGAUGUUACACAAACAUGUCGAUCUCAAAUACCUGAUAAAUUAACACUUACUGAUGAUGAAUUACGUAUAAUUGAAACUGAUCCUAAUAGUGCAUCAAUUCUUGCUAUUUAUCGUUCAUCAAAAAGUCUAUUUGAUAUUCUUGUUGAUUAUGCACUCUUACAAAAACAAAAUGAAACUUUAACAAAUCUUAAAGAAAAAGUUGAUUCUCAACGACGUUAUAAUGAAAAUAUUUUACAUCAAACUCAAUCAGAAAUACAACAAUUAAAAAUUCAAAAUGAACGUUUACAAUUUUUAGCUGAUAGUCGUCAAACAGAAUAUGAACAAGCUAUACGUGCUAAACAAACAUUAUUUAAAGAAAAACUUGAUUUAGAUAGACAAUUACAACAAAAAAUUCGUGAAUAUGAUGAUUGUUUAGAUGAUCGUAAUAAUAUGCGUGCACAAAUAUUUCAUCUAUUUGAAAAUGGUAAUAUUAAAGGUCAUUUACAUUCAUUUUCAUCUAUGAUUGAUAAUGAAAUACUUAUAAGACAAGGUGUUAUUACAUUUAAUAGUAUUGAAGAACUUUAUGAACAGUAUAUGAAAACAUUAGCUGAUAUACGUGAAACAGAUAGAUUUAUUCUUGAAUUAGAAGAAACACAUUCAAAAGAAAUAAAUGAAAUAACACAACGUGAAUGUUUAUUAAAAGAAAAUAUUGAACAACUUCGUUUAAAAUUUGAUCAAACACGAACAGAUAUUAAUAUACAAACACUUGCUAAACAAGUCCUUGAUCGUGAACAAAAUCAAAAUUUACCAAAAGUUAUAUUAACAACAACUAAUAUACAAACAGAUAUGAAUUUAAAUGAUUUAAAACAUAUUGAAAAUAAUAUUAAAUAUUUACAAAGAAUUUCUAAUGAAAAAGAUCUUGAAAUUAAUAGAAUUAAUGAUAAUAUGACACUUAUUCAACAAAAAUUAGAUUAUGCACAACGACAAAAUGUUAAUGAUAAACAAAAAAUUGAUGAUUUUCAACGUAUUGUUGAUGAAAGUCUUCAACGUACAAAUUCUCUUCUUACUAAUGUUCAAACAUAUGAAUUAACAUGUGAACAAUUACGAGAACAAAAUCAAACUAUUCAACAUGAAUAUGAUCAAUUAUUAUCAACUGUAUCGAAUUUAAAAACUGAAAUUGAUAAACUUCAAAAUGAAAAACAACAAAUGAGUCAAUUACAAGAACAAGUUCUUAAUCGUAUUAAACAAGAUAUUGAAAUAAAAACAAAUAAUCAGGAAGAAAAUCUUCUUAAUACUCGAUUACAACAAUCAGUUGAAGAAUUAAAUUCAAUUAUGAAAGAUUGUAUUAAACAAACUGAAUUAACAAAUGGAACACCAGCUCAUAUAGCUAAUUUAACAAAACUUGAAAUACUUUAUCGACAAUUACAACAACGUCAUCAAUAUGAUCUUGAACAACAUUUUGCUAUAACUGAAUCAUUAAGAAUCAAAGCAAAAGAUGCUCAAAAUGAUGUACAAAAACUUGAACGUCAAUGUGAAGAAAUGCGUUCGAAAUUUCAUGAAGAACAAAUCAAAUCAGCAGCAAAAAUUGCUGAACUUGAAAGUAAAUUACGUAAUGCUGAUACAACAACAGUUUUAACACGUCUUUUACCAUCAGCUACACUUGAAAAUCGUCUUAAAGAAGAAGAAGAACGUACACAACAAUUAAGAAAUUGGACGAAUAAAUUAACAGAAAAAAUUGAAAAUAUUCAAAAACAAAUGGUAACAGAAAAAAAAGAAUAUGAAGAGAAAAUGGAAGAAAUGCGUAAAGCAUUUCGAGAUAGUCGAAAUGAAUGUGAUGCAUUUGAAAAGCGUCUUGAAGCUGCUCAUGAAGAACAACAGAAAUCUUUGAAUGAAUUUAAAGAAAAGGAAGAAGUAUUCGAAAUGGAAAUAUUUAAAUUAAAAACUGAAUUAGAUAGUUCACAAGUAACAAAUACAUCAUUAAAAGAAACAAUAACAUUUAAAGAAAAUGAUAUUCGAAUUUUACAUGAACGUAUUAUUGAUUACGAAACAAAAAUGAUCAAUUUAGAAAAAGAAUUUUUUACAUUAAAAGAAAAAUAUGCUCGACAAACAAAAGAACAUAAUUUACCAAUUAGUGAACCUCCAUCACCAAGUUUAAUACAACAUGAUUUGAGUAUUGAUGAUAGUUCAUUGGAUGCGGCUGUUGAACUUAAGACGCCAUCAAAACGUCGUCGAAUUGUUUCCUCAAAUGAACAAACACCAAUACAACUUCGUUCUGUUCGAUCACAAAGUGUUGAUUGUUCAUCAACAUUAAACACUGGUGAUGAAGCAGCUGAAGAUAAUGAUGAUGUCAUGUCAACUUGUUCAGAACCACCAUCAACAAAAAAACGAAAACGUCGUGGAAAUGAUUUAUCUACAGUUAGAUUACCAGCUGUUGAUGAAGAAGGAGAUAAUGUUGCUGGAACAAAUUUUCAAGGAAAUUCAGCAAUAACUCCAACAUAUAAUUUACGUUCAAGAACGAAACGAAUGCCAAAACUUCAACCAAAUCAAACAACAUAA